CUUACGCUCCCUCCAGUGAUAGGGCAAACUGAUAGAAUGGGUGUGUCAGGUUCAGGGCGAUGGUAAUGGAGGGAUGUGGGAGUGGCCUGUGAGAGGUGACGGAUGCCGGUGAGGGCCAGGAAGGUUAGCGCGCAGUGAAGGUCUCACUGAAGGUCUCUGAGAUGAGUCGCGCACUGAGUAGAGUGUCAGCUCUUCUGCUGCGGUCCAGGCCGGGCUGCCGGUGGGAGAGCCAUGCCAGCGGCACCCCGGAGUACGUGGAGGGGCUGGUAAAGAAGAACAAGGUGGUGGUGUUUAUUAAGGGCACCCCGGCCCAGCCCAUGUGCGGAUUCAGUAACGCGGUGGUGCAGAUUCUCCGCAUGCACGGGGUGGAGGGCUAUGCGGCCUACAAUGUGCUGGAGGACCAGGACCUCAGGCAAGGUGAGAACCGGGAGCUGUCGUGGCAGCUGUCUGGGGGGGCAGGGUGGCAAGGCAGGCUGUCUGGGGGCAGGGGUAUAAGGCAGGGCUGUCUGGGGGGGCAGGCAAGGCAGGGCUGUCUGGGGGCAGUGGGUAUACGGCAGGGCUGUCUGGGGGGGGCAGGGCAUAAGGCAGGCUGUCUGGGGGCAGUGGGUAUAAGGCAGGGCUGUCUGGGGGCAGUGGGUAUAAGGCAGGGCUGUCUGGGGGGGCAGUGGGUAUAAGGCAGGGCUGUCUGGGAAGCGGGUAUGGGCGCAGGGCUGUCUGGGGGGGCAGGGUAUAAGGCAGGGCUGUCUGGGGGGCAGGGUAUAAGGCAGGCUGUCUGGGGGCAGGGUAUAAGGCAGGGCUGUCUGGGGGGGGCAGGGUAUAAGGCAGGGCUGUCCGGGGGGCAAGUGGGUAUAAGGCAGGGCUGUCCGGGGGGGCAGUGGGUAUAAGGCAGGCUGUCCGGGGGCAGUGGGUAUAAGGCAGGGCUGUCUGGGGGGCAGGGCAUAAGGCAGGGGCUGUCUGGGGGCAGGGUAUAUGGUGGGCUGUCUGGGGGGGGCAGUGGGUAUAAGGCAGGGCUGUCUGGGGGGGCAGUGGGUAUAAGGCAGGGCUGUCUGGGGGGCAGUGGGUAUAAGGCAGCGCUGUCAGGAGGGAGCAGUGCCUACAUGAGAAGGCUAUUUAGGAUGCACUGGGAUUCAGUAGGUUUAAGGGUGGACUGUAGACUAGAGGCUUACUAACUUUGACAAGCUGGCCAUCUACUAACUGAUCCACAGAAAGCACUCCUUUAUAGCCACUGGCAUAAACGAUUUAAUAGGGUGGACUGUGUUCAGUAGGUGUUUUUUAAGCUUGAUAGAGUGGACCUGAUACAGUAGGUAUAGCAGAGUUUUAACUGAGUAGACCAGGUUCAAAAAAAGUUACCUGUGCUCUUUCCACAUCCCUAUGUAUUUUUAAACAAAUGGAGGUUUUUAGUUACCUCCAAUGGCCAUGAGAAGGUAUGCCCACCUGCCAUGUCAAGGCAGACCUAACUCUAACCAUUCCCCUUGCUUCUUUGAGCUUCUGGCAAAAAUAUCUCUGAGACAAAAAGGGGUAUUUUUUUAUAUACAUCCCUACAUGCUUAUUAACCCUUAAUAGGGAAGACAUGGGAUGUUUGGCAGUGCAGAUAAAGAACACUUGACAGAACAGUUUGUAGUCUGUAGGUUUAGAAGACUUUUGGCACAGGUAACCAUGGUCACAAAUAGAGAUGUCGCGAACCGUUUGCGAACGUCUUGCGAACGGUUCGCCACAAGCUGUUCGCGGCGAACUCCGGUCAGCUGACACAUCCCGGCCAAUCUCCAGCAGACCCUCCUACUUCCUGGACAGUGUCCAUGUUUCAACAUGGAUGCUGUCCAGGAAGUAGGAGGGUCUGGGAGGGAGGGUCUGCUGGAGAUUGGCCGGGAUGUGUCAGCUGACCAGAGUUCUUCGCGAGAAGUUCACGGACGGUUCGCGACAUCUCUAGUCACAAAGUGUGCAAGAGGCUUGGUAAGGUGGUUUUGGCUCACUAUGUGCUCAUGGCAGAGCAAAUCAUAGCCAGUAGGUUUAGAGCAGGUUUGGCUGAGUGGAUGAACCCCUUUAUGCAGGGGUUGUAUUGGAAGGUUGCCUGUUUAACCCCUUAAGGACCAAACUUCUGGAAUAAAAGGGAAUCAUGACAUGUCACACAUGUCGUGUGUCCUUAAGGGGUUAAAGACUUAAAAUACAACUUACAUUUAGUAUGUAAAUAGUAACAAUUUUGUAUACAAGUAUUAUCAAAACUUGCAUGUAUCUAGUGACAGUUUUGCAUCAACAACGUCUGGAGAGCAACUGGCAUUAGCUAUAUUAGGUUUUUGUGUCUGGCGAUUGCUAGGGGUAAACGGGAACAUAUGAUAUUGUUAGCUUUAAGGGCAUUAUGCAGUUGCUGUUGUGUCAAUCAGGGAUGUGCGAGCCUCUGUGUACAGGAGCUGAAGUUGUGUGGGGUUCUGGUGGACCUCCGUUAGAUCGAGUGGCCCAGGGCUGCUCUCUCAUGCACCGUGCCAUAUGGUUGCUAGGGCCCGCUAGAGACCAUCAGGCGGACUGGAGUUGCCACCUGUUAAAGCUUAGGGCUGUCUCUUUGUUAUAGUUGGUGUCUCUCCCCGGCCCCCUGUUGCUCUUGGGCUGACGCAGUGCUUGGUUGUCACCUCCACUGGCCUCUUUUUUUUUUUUUUGUCCGCAUCUUGUAUGUUCAGCUUCCUGAGGAAUGUCAGCUGGUCGUCUUUGGAGGACAGUGUAAGCAUCUGGUCUCCCCGUGGUACCGCCAGGGAGCCGUCUGCACCCCAUCGGUAUCUGAUUUCCGCUUCCCUUAGUCUUCUUGGUAUAGGCGCCACUUGUUUCCUUUCUAAAAACACUGCGAAUGGGAGGUUCCUGUAGAAGGCCACAGUGCUGCCAUUCAGUUGCACUGUGCCUAGGGCUCUGGAGUGGGACAUGACAGCGGAGCUGGUUGCCAUGUCUCUUGUGACCGCUAUUGUGUCUCUGGGCGUAUCCGUUGGCGCUGUUGCGGCUUUGCGGAUCCUAAAUGCUGACUGUAUCAGGGCAGGCUCGGCUCUCCCCUUUAUGCCCAUCACUGUGAGUAAGUGGUGUAUGUGGGGAAACAAGGCUUCUCCCCCAACACACUCUAGGAUGCAGAUGUUCUGCCGCCUAUGCCGGGAUUCCAGUGACUGUUCGUGUGAGUGACUGGACCUGGGAGCUGAGGGCUUGUACCAUGUCACUGGAAUAAUGCAGCUGGUGGUCCCUUGCUUCCUCUCUGGAUUCCGCUGCUGGAGAUCACCCACCACCUUUUUUGUGCUCCGCAGGUCUGUUCUCUACACCUCAUGCAUUUCUUCCAGCAGGUCCCUUAAGUCCUGCUUACUUACAGGAGAGGAGUCUAAUAGAUUUAAUAAAUGAAAACGUGUCGGCGACACUGAAAAAAAACUCACUUUGUAUUGCUAUUUCUCAAAGAAUCUAUCGUUGGAUUGUUUGCAUAUGAACCUUUGUACAGACAUUAGUGGAUGUUUUCAAGGUUCUGUCUACGAUUAAAUAAUUUGAUCAGGCUUGCAGGGCAUAGAUUAAGCAUGCUUUGUAGAAAAAGUUUUCCGUGUUUGGUGGAUUGUGCAACUGUGGCUCAUACUCUGCUUUAUCAAGAUUAAACCAUAACAUGCUUACCAUGACUUGACGUUUUUUGUUGGUUUUUUUGUGUGUGUGUGGUUUUUUUUUUCUUCUUUUUUUCUUUAAACAUCCAGAAAUAGCUGACGCCUUGUAAAAUCCUUUUGACAGCAUAAUGUGCUUUACGUCAACAGUAGUCUUGUAGAUAUCGUGGGCUUGAUUCGUUUAAUACUGUAGUGAGUUUAAAGGGGGAUUGCCACUAUUUAACAUUGAAAGUCACAUUUAACUUGUGAUGCUCUGGUUUUGUUUUUUGUUUUGUUUUUUUCGAUGUUGGCAAAUAACAUCCUACUCCAGUUCAGACAAGGCAAAGCCAGGGCAAAUGUAAAUGAAGAGGAGAAAUAGAAACACUAGUCUCAUUUCCUAUCUUCAGUAACUGACAUGGAGGCGCCCAGUGCAGGAUAACGACAUUGUUUUCUAUAUAGGAUUUUUUUUUUUUUUUUUAAAUGAGUACCUCAUGCGCCCUAGCCACUACAGCCAUGGCAUUCCUGACACUAUCAUGUCUACAACAGGCUAUGGUGCUUGUAGUGUACAUUGAAGACCAUUUUACAAUGGUUUAUUCACUAAAUGAAAUCUAGAGAAUUGACAAGGGAAGUAUUAAAACUUGGUCAAAACAGCCAAACUGUAAACCUUUCCCAGCUCCGCAAGUUUACAGCUCUGCUCUUUUGAUCUAAAAUAUACAGUUCUCAGUGACUACACAAUAGAGCAGGGGUUCCCAAUUAGUUUUUCCAGUGGAACCCUUUGACAUAGUGUAUCAACAUCGUGAACCCCCCUGUUUUUUGUAUGUGCCUGUGUGUGUAUCUAUCUGACACACAAAUAUACACACAUAGUGACGCACAUAGUGACACCCAGAUACACACACUGACACAGUGUAUAUCUGUGUGUAUGUCAAAGUGUGUGUAUCUGUGUUUGUAUGUGUCACUGUGUAUGAAUCUGAUACACACACAAAGGCACAUAGUGGCACACAGAUACACACACACACACACACACACACACACUGUGUGUAUCUGUAUUUGUAUGUGCCAGUGUGUGUAUCUGUGUGUGUGUGUGUGUGUGUAUGUAUCUGUCUGGCACAUAGUGACACAUACACACAUCUUGACUCACAUAUACACUCUCACUGACACAAAUCACAAAUACUCUUUGACAGACAUACAAACUCCCUAACAGACACAUCAAUUUAUUUAUUUGAAAUUUUACUUCACCCAGCCUCCCUACCUUUUGGGAGUGCUGGCAUGGAGUCUCUGUGGUCCAGUGGGGCUGCUGGGCAUGCGGCCCCUGGGGUCCAAUGGGGCGGCUGGCGUGCAGUCCCUGGGGUGGCGAGGGAGCAGUGAUCUUCCUGCUCAGCUCCCUUGCGCGCCUCUUUGUUAUGCCGGAGUUACAUCAUAUUCCGGCUCCGGCAUCACUGCUGAGCUGGGAGGAGUGCUCCCUUGCCGCUCGCGGCCAUUUUGUUUUACAAAAUUUUGGCAGAACUCCAUUUGUGUAUUCACGCAACACCAGUUGGUAAACGUUGCAAUAGAGUAUUGAUAACUAACCAUGGCACUUAAAGGGACACUAUAGGCACCAAAACAACUUUAGCUUAAUUGAGCAUUUGUGGUGUAUAGAUGGUGACCCUGCCGUCUUGCUGCCUAAUUCUCUGCCAUUUAAGAGUUAAAUCACUUUGUUUAUGCAGUGCGUUUCAAACAUCUUUUUGAUACAUGAGUGGAGGUUGGCAUACCUGCAUCAUAACCACUACAGCAGACUUGGAAUUCAGAAAGGGUUGGGAAGACCAGUGUUCCUUACAGACAUGUUACUUCAAAUUUUAAAUCAGAGAAACAUAUGGGAUUACUGUCCUUCUAGUCUCCCAGUCAUGUGAAGCAAUGUCAUUGGAUUGCUUUGGACAUCUUCAUCCCUCAAGCCAGAGGCACAGUGGGCAAUAUACAAAUCCUUCACAGAGCGGUUCCUGUGCUUUUGAAAUAUGUAUCAACAACUUGAACGAGAAACCAUAGAAAGUCUCAUCUCAGUAUGUACCUAGUAUUUUUUUUUAUUUAUUUACUUUUAACUAUAAAAUACUUGUAUCUCCUUUUCUGCAGGGGUAAAGAGUUUCUCAAAUUGGCCCACCAUACCUCAGGUUUAUUUGAAUGGAGAGUUUGUAGGUGGAUGUGAUAUUCUACUUCAAAUGCAUCAAAAUGGCGACCUGGUGGAAGAACUCAAAAAGCUCGGAAUUCGCUCUGCUCUUCUAGACGCAGAGUCCAGCCAGGAGGAGGAGAAGAAGUAAGACAAUGGGUGCGUAAUGAACUGUUUGUAUAACGGAAGGAUUGUGACCAGCCUACUGACACCGGAAAAGCCUUAUGUGUUAUGUGAAGAGGCACAGCUGAUUAUUACAUACUCUUCUAAAGUGGAAGAUCUGUCUAAAUCCCGGAAUAAAAAAAACAAAAAACUUUUCACGGGUUGGUUUGUUUAAAUUACCGUGCCGUCUAAUGUAUGGCAGCUCCCCAGCCAUGAAUGGAUUUAAAGUCUGUAAUAUAUUUAGAAAAUGACCACUGUUCUACAAUGUUUAUCACACUAGAAUGUAUUGUAAACAAUAAAUAUGUUGAUUUGUUAUAUCGAUUAUAAAAGUUGCC